UCUCUUGUACAAGAAGAGAUUGUGCAUGCAAUGGAGACUCAAGGUGUUCAACUUCUGUUGCUGUUGUGUACUGUAUCCACCUGCUGGGGACAGCAAGUCUACCUGACUCUGGGAUCUGGUCCUAGUAUCACUACUAACAAUACUGAGAUCCUCAUCACUGACAUUGGAGAGGAUGCUGGUCUCCCUUCUCUCACCUGUCACACUGACUUCACUACCUGCUGUAGAAGUGUUGCUGACAACAAUGGUAAUGGAGCACUGGGACAGUGGACGUAUCCUGAUGGGAGUGUGAUACUGGGUAAUGGAGCCUCAGCGACUGCUGGACAGCAAUUCUACAGUGUAAGGGGGGCACCUCAGGUCAUCAGACUGGCUCGUAGAGAGACUACCAACCCCCUCACUCGAACCGGGUCCUACUGUUGUACUGUACCAACUACUGGAGGAGAGAUGACCCUCUGUGCUAACCUGGUUGCACCUACUUCAGUCACAUGUUCUGAUAAUCUCCCGACCAUCUCUAAUGGAGGCAUACUCUAUGUUGGUGGAUCCCCUAACAACAGACCAGUGGGCGCUACAGCCACUUACAGCUGCUUUGGUGGCUACACUCUGGUUGGAGUGUCAGUGAGGACUUGUGGGAGUGAUGGAGAGUGGAGCUCAUCACCAGCUCCAGUGUGUCAGAUGAUAACCUGCUCUGCCCUACCCUCACUGGCAAAUGGGAUCAUCGACUAUAGUGGUGCUGGAUCAACUGACAGCAGACCAGUGGGCACUGUGGCCACUCACACCUGUGACACUGGCUACGCUAUCAUCGAUGGAAGCACCACCAGGACUUGUGGGAGUGAUGGAGUGUGGAGUGGGUUAGCUCCAACUUGUCAGCCUAACUGCCGUGACUUACCAUCACUGGCCAAUGGGAUGAUCAUGUACAGUGCUGGAUCCCCUAGCAACAGACCUUUCAGCUCUAGUGCUGUGCACUCCUGCAACACUGGCUACACUCUCACUGGAGGUACCACCAGGAUCUGUGUGACUGAAGGGAACUGGGAUGGGUCACCUCCAACUUGUCAGCUGCGAACUUGUUUUGAUUUACCACCACUAUUGAAUGGAGUCAUUACCUACACUGAUGGACUUACUGACAGCAGACCUAUUAAUAGCAUUGCUACCUUCACUUGACAAUGGCUACACUCUCACUGGAGGGAGUUUCAGAGCUUGUCAGAAUGAUGGGACCUGGAGUGGGUCAGCUCUAACCUGUCAAUUGAACACAGGACCCACUGAACCACCCACCACCUGUCCUGACCUCACUGUACCAACCAAUGGAAUGAUUAGCUACAAUAUGGGGACUGCUAGUCUGAGACCAGUGGACACUGUGGCCACCUACACCUGUGACACUGGCU